CCUCAGCCCUGGAGCUCCGCCGGGCUUGGGUGGGCCCCUACCGCGGAGGCACCGGCGGCGGCGAGAGUGACAGCGACCGCGCGAGGCCCGGACGGAAAUGGCGAUGGCGAUGUCGGAUAGCGGGGCGAGCCGCCUGCGGCGGCAGCUGGAAUCGGGCAGCUUCGAGGCGCGGCUGUACGUGAAGCAGCUCUCGCAGCAGUCGGACGGGGACCGGGACCUCCAGGAGCACCGGCAGCGCAUCCAGGCGCUGGCGGAGGAGACGGCGCAGAACCUGAAGCGCAACGUCUACCAGAACUACCGGCAGUUCAUCGAGACGGCGCGCGAGAUCUCCUACCUGGAGAGCGAGAUGUACCAGCUCAGCCACCUGCUGACGGAGCAGAAGAGCAGCCUGGAGACCAUCCCGCUGACCCUGCUGCCGGCCGCCGCCGCCGCCGGGGCCGCCGCGGCCUCGGGAGGGGAGGAGGGAGGCGGGGCGGCGGGGGGCCGAGACCACCUGCGGGGCCAGGCUGGCCUGUUCCCCACCCCCGGGGGCGCCCCCCGCGACGGCGCGGGUCCGGGCGAGGAAGGGAAGCAGCGCACUCUCACCACGCUGCUGGAGAAGGUGGAGGGCUGCCGGCACCUGCUGGAGACGCCCGGGCAGUACCUGGUGUACAACGGGGACCUGGUGGAGUACGAGGCGGACCACAUGGCCCAGCUGCAGCGGGUGCACGGCUUUCUCAUGAACGACUGCCUGCUGGUGGCCACCUGGCUGCCCCAGCGGCGGGGGAUGUAUCGCUACAACGCCCUCUAUCCCCUGGAUGGCUUGGCCGUGGUCAAUGUCAAGGACAACCCGCCCAUGAAGGACAUGUUUAAGCUGCUGAUGUUUCCCGAGAGCCGCAUUUUCCAGGCGGAAAAUGCCAAAAUCAAACGCGAGUGGCUGGAAGUGCUGGAGGAAACCAAGAGGGCCCUGAGCGAGAAGAAGCGUCGGGAGCAGGAGGAGGCCGCCGCCCCUCGAGGGCUGCCCCAAGUGGCUGCCAAGGCCAGCAACCCGUUCGAGGAGGAGGAGGAAGACGAGCCGGCCGCUCCCGAGGUGGAAGAGGAGAGGGUGGACCUGUCCAUGGAGUGGAUCCAGGAGCUGCCGGAAGACCUGGAUGUCUGCAUUGCCCAGAGGGACUUCGAAGGCGCCGUCGACCUGCUGGACAAGUUGAACCGUUACCUCGAAGAUAAGCCCAGUCCACCUCCCGUAAAGGAACUCCGGGCCAAAGUGGACGAGCGUGUGCGACAGCUGACCGAGGUGCUGGUGUUCGAACUCUCCCCGGGCCGGUCCCUGAGGGGCGGCCCCAAGGCUACCCGCCGGGCCGUGUCUCAGCUCAUCCGGCUGGGCCAGUGCACCAAGGCCUGCGAGCUGUUUCUGCGGAACAGGGCGGCAGCCGUGCACACGGCCAUCCGGCAGCUGCGCAUCGAGGGCGCCACUUUACUCUACAUUCACAAGCUGUGCCACGUCUUCUUCACCAGCCUUCUCGAAACCGCCAGGGAGUUCGAGACGGAUUUCGCGGGCACGGACAGCGGCUGCUACUCGGCCUUCGUGGUCUGGGCAAGGUCGGCCAUGGGCAUGUUCGUGGAUGCGUUCAGCAAGCAGGUGUUUGACAGUAAGGAGAGCCUGUCGACCGCCGCCGAGUGCGUGAAGGUGGCGAAGGAGCACUGCCAGCAGCUGGGGGACAUCGGCUUAGACCUCACCUUCAUCAUCCACGCCCUUCUGGUGAAAGACAUCCAGGGGGCCUUGCACAGUUACAAAGAAAUCAUCAUCGAGGCCACGAAGCACCGCAACUCGGAGGAGAUGUGGAGGAGGAUGAACUUGAUGACGCCGGAGGCGCUGGGCAAGCUCAAGGAGGAGAUGAGGAGCUGCGGGGUGAGCAGCUUCGAGCAGUACACCGGGGAUGACUGCUGGGUGAACCUGAGCUACACGGUGGUCGCCUUCACCAAGCAGACCAUGGGCUUCCUGGAGGAGGCGCUGAAGCUGUACUUCCCGGAGCUGCACAUGGUGCUUCUGGAGAGCCUCAUGGAAAUCAUCCUGGUGGCCGUUCAGCACGUGGACUACAGCCUCCGCUGCGAGCAGGACCCGGAGAAGAAGGCCUUCAUCCGCCAGAACGCGUCCUUCCUCUACGAGACGGUCCUCCCUGUGGUGGAGAGGAGGUUUGAAGAAGGCGUGGGGAAACCCGCCAAACAGCUCCAGGACCUGAGGAACGCCUCUCGGCUUAUUCGUGUGAAUCCCGAGAGCACAACCUCCGUGGUCUGAUGCCCGGACCUGUUCAUAUGUACACGUAUAUAUUGCUUCUAUAUUAUUUAUAUUUAUGUCCGACUGCAUUAGCUUCGUCUCUGUAGUCUCAAACACAGCUUAACAAUAAAAGGUGCCCUCUCAGAUAGAAAUCCAACAGGAGAAAGAGAAAAAAAUGUUCAAUGAAGCCCAAAUAACAAAAAAUUGCAAUGAAUAAAGUAUAUAACAUGCUUUCCUUUUAAAUUAUGCUAACUCUCUAAUGAAUAUAUUGUCACACUGUUAUCAUUUCAGUUUAUCCUUUGAGUCCAAACAUACUCUCUCAUAGUAUAUAUUAUGCAGCAACAGGGAAAUAAUAUCUGUAAGUGUUUUAUGCAAAGUUUUCCAGUUCACCAAAAUGUUAGGUUUCUAAAAGGGUCCAGUGCCACCUAAAACACUCUGCUUCAUAUACUUCCCCACAUUCAAAUGUGAUGGAACAAUUUGGGGGAAAGAAAGGAGUUGAGAAAAUUGGUUUUAGGGUACAUUUUGUUCAAAAGAAUUCUUACGUGAAAAUAGCUAGUUUGUGCAAAUAUUCUGAUCCUUAUACAAGAGGAAGCUUUCAUAAACCAUUUCAGCAGAUAUUUCCAAUGUGAUUCCAAUGGCUAAUUAUUUUCAGCUGCUAAUUAGUGGUUUUAUAAUGGGUUUGAGAGCAUUUACUUGAAAAUCUUAGGGACUAUGAUAAAUUCCCCCCCGCCCCCCCCAACAUAUUCCUGAACUGUGUGAAUGCUCAGCUAGAGCAUUUGUCUUUAUCAUUAAGAAAAUAAGAAUCAGGACACAUUGAGGAACUGGCAGUACCAGUGAGUUUUAGCUGCCCCUCCCCGCUCCUAUAGUGGCUCAGACUUCAUGCACAUGGGAGAAAAGUUUUCAUUGAAAUACUUGUUUAGAUUUCAGGGUCUGGUGGAUGGGAAAUUAGAAAAAAAUCAUAUGCAAACCCCAUGGUGUUCUCAAGUAUAACUUUUUUUAAAUUGUUUUAAAGUAUUACAUGUCUCCUUUUCCCCUGAUUGAUAACUGGUUUUUUAAAAAACAUGUUUUUAUUGAUUUUAGAGAGAAAGGAAGGGAGAGGGAUAGAUAAAAAAACAUCAUGAGAGAGAGACAUCGAUCAUCUGCCUCCUGCACACCCCCCUACUAGGGAUCGAGCCUGCAACCCAGGCAUGUGUCUUGACCGGGAAUCUAACCAGUGACCUCCUGGUUCACAAGUCAGUAUUCAACCACUGACCACACCAGGUAGGCUCAAGUAUAACUGCUUUGAGUAGAGAAUUGUUUUUGCUUUUUUUGUAACAAAGUGGAGAACAGAAAGAUGAGACGAAAUGUACCCAAAACGAAGAAAGGAAAAGAAACUACAGGCUGCGUUUUUGUUGUAGUUUUAUCUUUUGUUUUACUUGCUUUGUUUUUUAAAGUGAACAGAAUGCUUACUUCAGAUUCUUUCCGGAAAACGAAAAUAACUGAAGAGAUUUGAAUUUCCCAAGGUUUCUAAUCUGUUGCUUCUAUUGUAUGUUGAUUGUAUACAAUGCCUCAUACUUCGGAGAAAUGGUGCCAGCUGAGAUCCAUUUCCCACUAGUUUGGAGUUGUGAUUCUUAUCCAUUCCUAAUGCCAUUACUUCAAAAGGUCAUUUCUCUUAUCUAAAUAAAAAUAGUGGUCUGAAGACUGUGGAAAUUAUGUAAAACCACAAAUAGGUUCCAGAAUACUGGCUUAGAAUUGUAACGUUUCUUGAGUUAAUUUGACUCAUGCCAGAGGAUCCUUUUAUUUUUAGCUAGGCCUAUUGAAAAGGUUGAAAAUAAUCAAAGUUACAGAUUUUCCUUGACUAAUUCUUUUUUUGCAUAUCUAGGAUUUCCUAGAUAAUAACCACACUGGAUAUUUCAGCUGAACAAAAAGAGUUAUAACAUGUCUUUUAAGAUCACUGGAAACUUAGAUUUGAUUUUUAAAAAAUUUGUAAUAAUUUUGUGCCACUUACAGUUUCUAAAAUGAUAUUGUUUGGGACACAUCCUGUGUGACUCUUUGACGCUGGGUACAUAAAAACGAUCCUUCUGAAAUCAGAACUUCUUUUAAGGCAUGAAGUUGUCAAAACCUAAAUGUGUACACUCCGAUAUGUAGAUGGUUGCUUCUUCAUGGGACCGUCCGCUCUUUAGAACCGGAAGUCGGAAUUUUCUUCUGUUCCAGCUGAAGGAAGUGUGCUGGCCGCCAGUUCCUGUGGGAGGCUGGCUGAGGACCACCAACGUUGAGCGUGUUCCAUUGAGCCAGGAGACCAGUUACUUGGCCGCUCUUCAAAGUGGGGGCACAGCUCCUCUCUCUAGUUCUUGUCUCACUGGACCCCAAGUCCAGUUCUAAAACUUGAACGCGCUCAGGGGGCGUCCAGAAUGUAGCACCCGCUGCCAUGUACCACUCACGGGCUGAGUGCCUCAUCUGCUGUCACCUGUGCUUUGUUUGAAUCACAGACUUGAUUGAACUCAUUGCCGUUGAGAAGACACCCUGUGGAAUUAAGUCUCUUUUUUUAUGAAAGCCUCAUGUCACAGAAGUGCUGAAAACUCGCUUAUUUUUGUUUAAGAUACUACCUAGAGAGUUAAAUGACCCGCAUUUGUAUUUUGCAACUUGCUUACCCGGGAUUGGGAAUUGGGACUUGACCUGCAGUAUGAAAUCAGCCUAUGUACAUUUUGCCUAUGGGUAUGCGGUGACAGGAGGAAAUCUGAAAUGUUUAUCAAAAUAAAGCUGACAACUUUUCUUACACUGGAUAAACUUGGUUGACAUUAC